GCCGAGCACACGAUCCACCUCGGGUCCCGCCUCUCCCCAGACGUCCAAGCAGCCGGCGCCUCCGCCAUCGAGGCGCUCGCCAGCCUGAGCGUCGACCAGAUGAGCGGCCUGGUGCAGGCGGCCGUGGAGGACGCGGUCGGGCACAGCAAGUUCGGCGUCUCGGUCACGAGCAUGACCGAAGCCACCAUGCAGCAGGUGGCGGCCACGCCGUGGCAGCCCGACGGCACCAACCCGCCCGACGACGGCACCACGGCCGCCGCGGACGGCCCCGCCGCGGAGCUGGCGGCCCCCCGCGAGGGCGGCGGACGAGAGGCGGCCUCUGGUCUCCCUCUGCUGGUGGGCCUCGCCCUCGUCUGCGCCGUCGCCUUGGGCGUCGCCUGCCGGACAGCGCUGGCCUUCCGCCGCGGGCGGCGGAGGCCGCCGCGGGCGGCAACGGCGCGAGGGGUUUCCAGGCGUUGGUUGGCCUUCCGCUAGGAGCGAUGGCCAGGGCGGGGGCCACGGAGCACCGCAUUCGCACCGCGCGGGCCGUUGCCUGGCGAAGGGAGGUCUCCGGCACUGGCUUGCGUCGGCAGUGGUUUUUGGUAAACAGCAUCGCGGCGGCAGCGGCCAAUCUGCCGAAGGCGGAGAGCGGGCACGCGGCGGCAGCCUCGACGGAGGCGAAGCUCGGGGUGCGCGUGGCGUCCGUCCGCUUGUUCGCGGGGCAGCUGGAGCGGCUUCCCGAUGACUUCGACCCAGGGGAGGCAUCCAAAAACGCCAUCGAUGGCAGCACAGAACCACGAUUUGUUGUCGUGGGCCUCGCGGAGCACAUGCGCAGCGCCAUCACGGGCGCAGGCGGGAUCGUUGGAAGAUCGCCGCCCUCCGUGGGCAACGACCAGCUCGGGCAGUGCGACGCCUGCUACAGCUGGCGAGCAACGAUCUGGAUUUUCUUUAAGGGCUACGAGCGGCUGGUGCCAGCGGGUGCUUCUCCAGCCAUCUCGUGCCGCCGCCAGGGGUAG